AUGAUUUGGGAUAAUAUAGAUUUUCAAGAAGAAAUGCCAACAGGUCAUGGAACAACUCAUCACACAAAUGGUAUUAUGGUGCAGAAGGAAGUUUCGCCUGUCAUUUAUCCUGAAUUACCGACUGUAAAGAAAGGCAUGCGUUCUUUAACACCUGAAAUUAUUCCUUUGCCUGAGUACCACUGUGUGAUACGCCAAGGGCCUCAGUUCGAUACAGAUGUUGAACAGAUUGGUAUCGAUGAGUGGGAGCCUUUAAUUGAAAGCGCCAAGCAAACUGAUUUCCUGUACAUACUGUCAAGGCGCAACGAUAAUCAAAUACCAGGAUGGACUGGAUUUAACGUAAGGCAACAAUUCUCGAAAGGAACAUUGGAUAAAUCUGUGAUAUAUUACCUUCCUGUCAUUGAAGCUUCGCCUACUGAGAUGAGCACAGUCAAGGAAAUAAUGACUUGGAGCUUAGCAAUGGCAGAGAGAAUUCAAGGUCAUGGUUUUCGAUCUAGCCAUUUAUGCCAAGGUACAACAAAUUCGCUGGGCAAAUGA